AUGGAUAUCAUGGUCGACUGCCUCUUCUCUCCGUCCGAUCUGUUUUAUGAUAAUUCUUGCCUCUCGUCCCCCGGGGAGGCAGACUUUACAGAUGAUUUUGAACACGGCGCCCUUGUGUUUCGGGAGAAUAAACGGGAGUCCCGCGGAACUGAUGAAGAGAAACAUGUCAGAGCCCCAAGCGGUCACCACCAGGCCGGCCACUGCCUCCUCUGGGCUUGCAAAGCCUGCAAGCGCAAAAGCUCCAGCACCGACAGGAGGAAGGCGGCCACCAUGCGGGAGAGGAGGAGGCUUAAGAAAGUGAACCAAGCUUUCGAGACUCUGAAGAGGUGCACCAGCUCCAACCCAAACCAGCGGCUGCCUAAAGUGGAGAUUCUGAGAAACGCCAUCAGUUACAUCGAGAGUCUUCAGGAGUUGCUCAGGGAGCAGGUGGCCAACUAUUAUAACCUCCCCGACAAUGUCAACUCAGAGCCCGGGAGCCCCACAUCCAACUGCUCGGACGAAAUGAUGGGAUGUAACAGCCCAGUCUGGUCUAGGAGGAACAUCAGUUUUGACCGCAUUUACUGUACGGAAUUACAGAAUGUAUGCUCCAAUAGCCGAGGCCUUGCUGUUUCCAGUUUGGACUAUCUGUCCAACAUAGUGGAGCGGAUUUCACCAUCCCCCGAGCAUUGUCCUCUUUCAGGCCAGGAUGGAAGGACCAUAUCCCCACCCACCAGUGAUUCCUCACAGCCCACCACUCCCAGCCAGCCUGUUUAUCAUGUUCUUUAAACCCUCAAACUGCAAGCCUUCGGAAUGGACGAUCCCACCGCAAAACACA